AAUUUAUCAUUGUCAAAUGUCAAAUACACGUCAAUUUCAUAAUGCAAAAUGUUUUCUUAAUGUGUGGUGCGGUGGAAGCAUUUCCGAUUUAUAAUACAUGUUCGAGUUCCGCAAACCAAAUAUUUAUAGUUCAAUAAUAUAAUCUGUUUUAAUAGUAACAAUAAAAUAACAUAGGAGUUUGUACAUAAUAAGUAUUAAUUAUCGUAAAGAUGCCUCCAAAAUCUAAACCAGCAGCUCCCAGCAAAAAAACUGAACAAAAAAAGAAGGAAAAAGUAAUAGAGGAUAAAACAUUCGGACUUAAAAAUAAAAAGGGAGCGAAACAACAGAAAUUCAUUCAACAAGUUGAAAAACAAGUAAAAUCUGGUGGAAUUCAUCCUCUAAAAGCAGAUGAAAAAAAAUUGGAAAAAGAAAAGAAAUUGAAGGAACAAAAAGAACUCGCAGCACUAUUCAAACCUGUACAAACUCAAAAAGUAGAAAAAGGGGCCGAUCCUAAAUCAGUAGUAUGCGCUUUCUUCAAACAAGGGCAGUGUACAAAAGGUGAUAAAUGUAAGUUUUCCCAUGACCUAACUAUCGAAAGAAAAGCAGAAAAACGUUCAUUAUAUGUUGAUAUGCGUGACGAUGAGGAAGAAACUAUGGAAAAUUGGGAUGAAGCAAAGUUAAAGGAAGUUAUUGAAAAGAAACAUGGAGAGAAGGGAAAGAUGCCAACUACCGAUAUUAUUUGCAAGCAUUUCUUGGAAGCAGUGGAGAAAUCAAAGUAUGGUUGGUUUUGGACAUGCCCUACAGGAGAAAAUUGUAUUUAUAGACACGCCCUACCACCAGGAUUUGUGCUUAAAAAAGAUAAGAAAAAAUUAGAAGACAAAUCCAAUGAAAUUACUCUCGAAGAUCUAAUCGAAAAAGAAAGAGCAGCUUUAGGUUCAAAACAAACAAAAGUGACUUUAGAAUCGUUUUUGGCUUGGAAGAAAAGGAAAAUUCAAGAAAAGAAGGACCAACUUCAAAAGGAUGAGGAUAAGAAACGUAACGAAUUCAAAGCUGGCAGACAAGUCGGUUUAUCUGGUAGAGAAAUGUUUAGCUUUAAUCCUGAAUUAGCGAAAGAUAACGAUAUGGAAGACGGAGAUGAAUUAUUUGAUUCUUCAGCUUACCCUAACGAAGAAGAAAAUAUUGUUUACAAAGAAAUCGAUUUAGGUAUUUUGGGCGGUGAAGGACAAGAAGCUGAUGGAACUGGAACUGUAGCUACAGAAGAUAGAUUUAAAGAUACAUCGGCUAGUGAGAAAGCCAUAGAAGGCGCGGCGGCAGUUCCCAUUAACGAAAAUCUGUUCCUCGAAGCAGACCUAGAUGAGUUAGAUGAAGAGCUAGAGGGUUUAGAUCUAGAGGAAUAAUAAUUGGGGUUCAGUACUUUUACCAACCCUAUCGGAUUUGUUUUAUUAAUUCGCAAUGUUAUAAAAGUGUAAAUAUCA